CUCCACACAAACCGAUAUACAUAUACUGAUAUACUAUCGUACUACGUCCUCCGUAUAUUUCUGGUCGGCCGCCUCAAUCGGAUUGGCAGUCACAGGCGGGAGCAAUGCGGCGCCCGAUAUAUGCUCUUCUGCUCACUGUAUUUGCCGUCUUUUCCGCCGCUAAUUCCACCGGUAACUUCGCCGGUUUUUCGAGCAUACUCCUCAAGUCUGAUGUCACUGGACUAUGUACUGACCUCAUCGAACUUGCCGGUUUCCCUUGCAUUGAGCACUCCACUGAAACGAAGGAUGGAUACGUUCUUGGGCUUCAACGGGUUGGGUCCAGCUCAGGAAUUGUCAAAGGAAAAUUAGGUCCUCCGGUUCUACUUCUUCACGGUCUUUUUAUGGCAGGAGAUGCAUGGUUUCUGAAUUCUGUGAAUCAAUCGUUGGGCUUUAUACUUGCUGAUCGUGGCUUUGAUGUUUGGGUUGGAAAUGUAAGAGGAACUCGCUGGAGCCAUGGGCACAUAUCUCUAACUGAGAAAGAUAAGGAUUUCUGGGACUGGAGCUGGCAAGAAUUGGCUCUUUACGAUCUAGCAGAGAUGAUACGCUAUGUAUAUUCAAUCACCAACUCAAAAGUCUCCAUUGUGGGACACUCUCAGGGAACAAUAAUUUCUCUGGCUGCUUUUACUCAACCAGAUAUAGUUGUCAUGGUUAAAGCUGCAGCACUCCUUUGCCCGAUAUCGUAUUUAGAUCAUAUUUCAUCUACUUUUGUCCUCAGAAUGGUCAAGAUGUAUGUCGAUGAGAUGAUUCUUGCAUUGGGGAUUCAUGAACUUAACUUCAAGAGUGACCUUUCCACUCGCAUCAUGGAUAUGAUGUGUGAUGGACAUGUUAACUGUGAUGACAUGUUAUCAGCUAUCACAGGGAAGGAUUGCUGCUUCAACUCUUCUAGGAUUGAUUUCUACCUUGAUUAUGAACCACACCCAUCAUCCACGAAGAACUUGGUUCAUCUUUUCCAAAUGAUCAGGAAAGGCACUUUUUCAAAGUAUGAUUAUGGAGUGUGGAAAAACAUGAAGCUUUAUGGUCAGAGGAAGCCCCCAGAAUUUGAUCUUAGUCAGAUUCCCAGUUCUCUGCCUCUUUGGCUAGGCUAUGGAGGGAGCGAUGCCUUAGCAGAUGUUACAGAUGUUGAACACACACUCAGGGAGUUGAAAACGGUCAAGCCAGAUCUGCUCUAUCUUGAUGAUUAUGGCCACAUCGAUUUUCUUUUGAGUGUUCGGUCCAAAGAAGAUGUUUAUGACAGCAUUGUUGGGUUUUUCAAGUCAUUGCAGAAGCACUCAGUUAUUAUUAAGUGAUUGGUUCAUGACUUAUACUCCUUCAUCUGCCAAAGAGAGAUGUCUUGUUUCUAAUACUAAUUUUCCAGCUCAAGCCUCGGUGUGAUUCCACUUAUCACUAUUUCUGUGUGUAAAUCUGCAGAUAUGAAACAACUUUGUAUAUAUGAUAUAAUGAUUCCACUAGUCACUAUCUCUGUUUCAGAAUCUACAUUACUUAUAUUCAGUUCUAUAGAGGAGGGUGACCAUCACGGUGGGCCGGUGGCAUCACCCUCCAUUUUUUUGGGUUAAGUGGCUAUAUAGCAUAGGGAGUAUGUAAAUAGGAGAAAUUCAAUUAAUAGCUUCUAUUUUGAUGUAUUAAAUCAUUUAAUACAUAGCAUAUUUUUAAUGUCAGAAAU